UAUCAUUCUCCUGGCUCAUAGUUUCCUCUAUCACACAUUUUGUUCUUUUUCCCAUGUGCAUAGAGAUGUGGAUAUGUGUUGUUCCACUUUAUCUUAAAAUGUUUAGCAUCUGCAAUGUUAUCCAUGUUUUGUUCUUGUUUAAAUGGUUAUCUUUAAUUUUAAUUUGAGUAAAGAAAUCAUCAAAAACUUGGCCAGAAAUGUUACCAUGUUCCAUUUGCAAUUUGAGUAAAGAAAUUUCUUACCCUUUUUAGCCUUUUGAUAUUUGCUAUGAGAUUUCUGAAUUGGCAGACAUCUAUGGAGAAUUGGAGAUGAAGGAACUUCGCAUCGAACUGAAUGAUAAAGUAUCAGAGAUGGAACGACUGCAAUCUGAGUUGAUCAGACGAGACUUGGAAGAAGAAACAGAGGAACCUGCUCAGAGUAGUUUAAAAACUGUUAUUGCGACCUUAGAGAAGGAGAAUGUCAAUCUUAAGACAAAGAUCAUCCCAGACUUUGUACUGUUUUUUGACUGGUCAGAAGAAGAGAUGGAUACACGCCUUUUGAAUAGGAAUCAGGGAAGAGUUGAUGAUAACAUUGAGACAAUCAGGAAGCGGUUCGAAGUUUUUACAGAAUCCAGUUUACCUGUAAUUGAGUAUUAUAGCUCCAAAGGGAAGGUUCGGAAGAUUGAUGCUGGAAAGCCUGUCGAAGAGGUCUUCGAGGAUGUCAAAAGCGUUUUCUCUUUAGCUAUAAAGAACGUCAGGCACCUCUUGGCAGUUCAGUGUUCUUAA